AUGAUCAUCUACAAGGACCUCCUCUCCGGCGACGAGAUCAUCUCGGACUCCUACGACCUCAAGGAGGUCGGCGGCGUCAUCUUCGAGGCCGACUGCAGCAUGAUCACGGAGGGCAACGUGAGCGUUGAUACCGGUGCCAACGCUUCCGCUGAGGAGGCCGAGGAGGCCCUCGACGACCAGGAGGUCAAGGUCAACGACAUCGUCCACUCUUUCCGCCUUCAGUCUACCACCUUUGACAAGAAGAGCUACCUUACCUAUCUCAAGGGCUACAUGAAGAGUGUCAAGAACAAGCUCCAGGAGAACGGUGCCGAUGCGUCGGUGAUCAAGGAAUUCGAAACCGGUGCUCAGAAGUACGUCAAGGAGACUCUCCUCCCCAACUUCAAGGACUUCGAGUUCUUCACCGGCGAGUCUAUGGAUCCCGAUGCCAUGAUCGUCCUCCUCAACUACCGUGAGGAUGGUGUCACCCCUAUGUCAUUGUCUGGAAGCACGGUGUCAAGGCUGAGAAGACGCAUCCAUAUGACCAAACUCACGAUAUGA